ACUACGCCAUGGCAGCUACACCCUCGUCCUCGUCGCCCGGAUCUCGCCUCCUCCAAGGACCGCCGCCGCCGGAGCCAGAGAAGACGAAGAAGCAGAAGACAGAGAAGGAGGAGGAUGUAAGAGACUGGGCGGAGCUGCCGCGGGACGCGCUGCUGCUGGUGCUGGAGAAGCUCAGCCAGGUGGACGUCUUCCGGGGGCCCGAGCUGGUGUGCGGGCCAUGGCGUCGCGCCGCGCUGGACGAGCCCACGCUGUGGCGCCACAUCGACCUGCGCCAUUGCCACGUCGACGCCUCCUCCCGCUGGUGCCUCCGCCCGAUGGCCCACGCCGCCGUCCGCCGGAGCCGAGGCUGCGAGGCGCUCCGGGGCGAGGGUGCCGUCGACGAAUGGGUCAUAUCUCUCCUGGAAAACUCGCCGCACUCGCUGAAGAGCCUCCGGAUGAUCUCCUGCGAAAGGAUCACCGACAGGCUCAGCAAUAGCAUACCAUGGUUCUAUAAGCUCGAGGAGCUAGAGAUCUCAAACUGUGAUCCUGGCGCGUUCUCAUCGACAUGCAUAGUGGUUGGGAACUCCUGCCCGAACAUGAAGCGCUUUCGUCUGAGCAGCCCGCGCUUCUACAAGCGUAGACGACGCAGGAUAGAUUGUGAAGUCGAGGGGAUCACCAGGAUGCGCGGUUUGCGUUCGUUGCAGCUUUUCGCUCAAACCAUUAGCACAGAUGGUCUGUCGUCCAUCCUUAACAGCUGCGUGCAACUCGAGUCUCUCGACAUCCGCCAUUGUUUCAAUAUCGAGAUGGAGGAAGAGAUGGUGGCAAGGUGUUCGAGGUUUCGAAGUCUAAAGCUCCCCUAUGACUCGACCCACGACUACGAUCUUGAGUUUUCCGCCCCAGAUAUGAGAUUGGAGAGUCCACGGGCAAUGACCUACGAGGACUACCACGGCGCCUGGGGGUCUUCAUAUUAACCGGGAGAAAGACCAGAAGCUUUUAAGACGCUACUCUCCCUCCGUUCCUUUUUAAGAUGUUUUAGCUUUGUCAUGGUCAUGGGUCAAACUUGUUAAAAUCUGACUAAGUUUAUAGAUGUAUCAGUCUUGUGCGAACGUUUUGUGAGUGUGUACUGCUGGGCUGUAAUAGGUGUUUCUUAGAAAAUAAAAGAUCUGUAACGUUGCUUGCAGGUAGCAAAUUAACCAA